CAUAUACAUGAUUGGGAUAAUAGGCACAACAUGGUGUGGACUGAUGUUGAGUACUCAAUGGAGCCUAUUUCAGUUGAUGAGUAUAUGGAUUGGUUUCGCCGGAUAACCGUGGUGUACCUAACAAAACCCGGCGUGCAUGCUCAGGAGGGCUUCCAUGAAACGGCAUCCUCUCAUAACUACGCGGUGGAGACGCUUCACAAAAUACGCCACUUUCUUAGUGAGCAAGACAUGACAGGACGGCCGGAUUUGUUCACCAUUUUGAGGAUGGUUGAAGAUGGCCUGCAGAUAUCUGGGGAAGCUGAGACGAUGGACUACCGUCCUUCCCAGCGCUCAGAGCUGGACAUUGACAUGCCCGUGAGGCAAAAAAGGAAUCGGCGUGGAAAGAAGAAAGCUGGUGGAGAGUCGUCAUCUUCAAGGAUGGAUACUCAGUUGGUAGAUGAUUCCGAUGAUGAUUUUAUGCCUCCACCUCCACCAAGAUCUGCAGUUCGAGGUCGUCAUUCUGUCAGCCACACUGGUGGUACAGGUGAAGAUAUCAGUCUCAGUGAUGUCCACCAAUCUCCACCUCGGUCUUCUAUGCGAGAUGACUUUUUGGGGUUGAUUUAGAGAAUGUCGUUGUGCAAGAUACUCCCCCGUCUAGACUCCCUAUCUCCAGAAUCGGGAAGGGAAUCUGUGGCCUGU